AAAUCACUCCAUGUCUACUCCUCCCACACAAGAUGCAAACACUAUUGCCAACCUUCAAGAACAGGUGGCCAAUAUGGCCCGCCAGAUCGCUAUUCUUCAAAGCUCCAGAGACUCAGACCCUCAGCUCGAGGAACCGAUCUCCGUCAAGACUUACCAUCCUUCUGCAGAGGAAGCUGAACGAUAUCCUCCUAUCCAGCCUUCAGACCCCGCAUCUUUCUUUCAGCAAGACACCCCGGACGACGAAUUUUGGGAACAGUUCCGCCGCUACCCCAAGAAUUCAGCGAUGGGAUACGAACCUCCCAAGAUCCCAAAUGUCAUUCCUCUCUCUCCGCCACAGAAGGCCCAUGAUCACCAGCUACGCAACCUCCAAAAGCGUCUGGUCAACCUCACGAGACCAAUCGACAUGUUCCUCCAUCAGAUCUGGUCCAUGGAAGGCAGCGGACCCAUGGAUGCCGACGACGUGGUGGAACUAUGCUCAACAUUUGCCAUUCUCAUGCGAGAACAACUGGCUGCGACUGCCGGCAGGAUCAACACC